CCAUGGCUGCCGGGGACCUGGCCGGGAGCUUCCAGGACGAAGUGACUUGCUCCAUCUGCCUGGAGUAUUUCACAGACCCAGUGAUUACUGAGUGUGGGCACAACUUCUGCCGGGCCUGCAUCAGCCAGUGCUGGGGGGAGUCAGAGCCAAACUUCUCCUGCCCCCAGUGCAGAGAAACCGCCCAGCAGAGAAACCUGCGGCCCAACAGGCAGCUGAGGAACCUGGUGGAGUUAGUGAAACGCCUGAGGCUCCAGGCGGUGACAGAACCUGAGGGGCAGCGAGUGUGUGAGAGGCACCAGGAGGCUCUGAAACUCUUCUGUGAGGAGGAUCAAACCCCCAUCUGUGUGGUGUGUGACCGAUCCCAGGCUCACAGAGCUCACACGGUGGUUCCCAUCGAGGAGGCUGCCCAGGAGUACAGGGAGGAAAUCCUGAGCUGCCUGCAGCGUCUGCGGGAGGAGAGAGAAGAGCUCCUGGGACUGAAAUCCAAGGGGGACAAGGAGAGUGAGAGGCUCCUGAGGCAGACGGAAGUGGAGAGGCAGCUGGUGGUGUCCGAGUGUGAGCGGCUGCACCAGUUCCUGGCUGAACAAGAGCGCCUCCUGCUGGCCCGGCUGGGAGAGAUGGAUGAGGAGAUUGGGAGGAGGAGGGAGGAAAACGCCACCCGCCUGUGCAAGGAGAUUUCCCAGCUCAGCACAAUGAUCAUGGAACUGGAGGGGAAGUGUCAGCAGCCGGUGCUGGAAUUGCUGCAGGGUGUCAGAAGCACCAUGAGCAGGGGCGAGAAGGCGACGUCUCUGCAUCCAGCACCCAAGUCCCCUGAGCUGGAAAAGAGAAUCCGGGAUUUCCCUCGAGAGAACAAUCUCCAGGAGGCUGUGACGGGAUUCCUGGAGGGGCUGGCUGCAGAGAGAGGUGAGAAUCCUGGGUUGCUGUUCUAGGGCAGGGCACAGCAGCUGCUGGGAGCCUGUACCCCUGUAUGGA